UUGCAUGAUACUCUAACACAAGAAAUCACUUGACUGAAGUGAGUGAUAUCCGUAGCUUAACCAUGGCUUCCCUUGUCAUGCUCUCUGCUGCUCUCCUUCUCGGCCUCGUCCUGCCUUUCUCCAUGGCCGACAACGUUCUCCUUGGCGGCGACAGGCUGAAGACCGGAGAAUCCCUCACCGAAGGGGACUUUAGCUUCGAUAUGCAGUUCGACUGCAACCUGGUGCUGUACGACAACGGCCAGCCCGUGUGGUCCCCCCCAUCCGACGGCCUAGGCAACAGCUGCUUCGCCCACUUGCAGACCAACGGCAACUUCGUCAUCUACAACGGCAACGGCCAGGUUGUUUGGACGAGCAACACCGCCGGCGAGGAGGGCAACUACAUCCUCGUCCUGCAGCGCGACGGCAACGUCGUCAUCUACAGCCGCCCAAUAUUUACCAUCCCCCCCAAUUCCAAAGGCGUCGUGAUGGUCAAAAGGGGCCACAACCAUGAACUGGUGAACAGGAAGAUCGCCAUGGUGACCAAAAAUUAGUUGGCUUCACCACUGCUGUAACCAUGCAUGGAUCGCUAUCAAAUAAAACAGAAUAAAUGGAGCGAGGCAUAAAUAAUAAUAUAAUUAGCUACAUGCAUGCAUGCUACGUAGCCUCGUUUUUAUGUUGUACGUAUUCUUUAGUUGGUGUCCAUCACCUUAACUAUCUA